GGAACCCACCCUUUCCCCCUUUGCAGUUCAAGCUCCUCAAAAUAUUUACAGAGUAGGAAGAAACCAAUGUGAACUAAGAAGACCAAACCCUAUCCAUCCAUCCAUACGAACGUAUCACUCCAACCAUAUCUCCCACUCCCAACCAACUCGGCCCCACUCACCCUUCUCAAUCUACGGCACCAUUACUCCUUUCAAUCCUUUCUCUACUUCCUUCCAAAGUACCACACCAAACCAAACCUUCUACCUCUCUACCUUCUUUUCCUGCUGCCUUCUUCUUCUUCUUCCAAUAACCCGUUACUCGACAGAAUCUAUUCCCUGCUUCAAAACUUCAACAACAAAGCUAGGAUGGAGUUCUACUCCGAGGAAGUGGAUAGUAGGAGCUGUGGAGGGCGCAAGAAACAAAAGACGACGGCCGAAGAGGGAGGGACUAGAGGAGGAGGGAAAGGAGGGGAUGGUUCGAGUAUCGAGGUCGUCAAGCGGCCGAGAGGCCGGCCGCCGGGGUCCAAGAACAAGCCCAAGCCCCCUGUCGUCAUCACCCGCGAGUUCAUCGAUCCCUCGCCUGCCAUGCGGCCCCACGUCCUCGAGAUCCCCGCCGGCCACGACGUUGCUGCCGCCCUCGCCGCCUUCUCCCGCCGCCGCUCCCUCGGCAUCUGCGUCCUCUCGGCCGUCGGGACUGUCGCCAACGUCACCCUCCGCCAGCCACCCGUAUCGGCGGACGGAUCCGCCGCCGCCGCCGCCGCCGUGACGUUUCGCGGCCGCUUCGAGAUACUCUCCAUCUCCGCUACCUUCUUCCCGCCGUCCCUCUCCGUCGCCGCAGGCGGCGGGUUCUCGGUGUCGCUGGCGGGUCCGCAGGGGAGGGUGGUUGGGGGGAUGGUAGCUGGGCCGGUGGUGGCGGCGGGGACUGUUGUGGUGGUGGCGGCGGCGUUCGGAGAGCCCAGCUUCCACCGGCUGCCGGUGGAGGAUCAGGCGGGUUCAGCCUCCGGCUCGCUCUCCGGCGGCGGCGGAGGUGGCGAUGAGGCUGCCGCCCAGGCUCAUCAAGAUGAGGAUGACUACAAUGAUCAUGAUGAAGAAGCACAGCAUCACUAUCAUCACCAGUAUUAUGAUCACGAUCACAAUCAUGGAUCGUCCGAUGGUGUACCGAUCUAUGGUACUGGUCGCUUCCCUCCCCAUAUGUGGAAUCCCACCUCCCGUUCCCCACAUUCACCACCACCACCCUAUUGAUUCCCUAGGUAAUAUUUUGUUCCUUCCUAUCAAAAGAUAAUACUACUACUUUGCAUUUGGUUUUCAUUGUUAGCGAGAUUAUUAUGUAAUAAGAAAAGGUUAAUGAGGAAAUAAUUAUUCCUCCUUGGGUUCGAGACUUAUAUGGUGAAGUGGAUGAGGACGGAUGAUGGAUUGCAGCCUCUUGGAGUGAGACUUAAGUAAUACGAAAGGGAGCAGCCUUAAAAGGUGCAUUAGAAAACGGCUAAGAAAUGGAAUACUUGUUACCAUUUCUAUCUUCAAGAGAAGAAGAACCUUGUACUUUGAGAACCUGAUUUGAUCCGGUCUAAUGCGCUCUGAAGUCUUGGAAAGCAAAAGUGGUAUUGUCUUCUUCUUCCAUUUUUUGUUCAAACCGGCUGCUUGUACCAUUUAGAAUAGACACAUCGGAAAGCAUCAGACAUAAGAAUAUCCUUCGAUCUCCGGGGGGAGGAACUAUGCCAUCCAAACGGCCGUAAGUCAUGUAAAACGUACAACUCAAAACAAGUAUUCGGUGUUUGCCAGCAAGGGGAGGCUGGUGUCCUGAUGGUAUAAUCUUUCGGUCACAAAAGGAAUUGGCCAAGUGCAAUGCACUAGACAGGAGGGACUUUUUUUUUUUUUUUGUUUCUUCUUUCAUAUGUUUACGGGUGGGGCAAGAGCGCGUGGGAGAACUAGCGGGCAGCAAGACAAGUUGGACUUUAUAUGGCCUAGCAAAAGUUUAUAUUUUGUCAAACUGGACUGUUAGCUCAAUUCUAAGUUAUAGCUAAUGAAUCAGAUUUA